GAGAUUCGGUUCUUGCCUUUGAACGCCAUGGAUGUGCAGUUAAUCGAGUACGAAUUGGCCUGCAAUUGUAACUACAGACUCUACAAUGUUAUUCUGGACGAGGACGACACCGAAAUCCAAACCAGCGUCACUGUUGAUCCUUCUACUGUCUCCUCAUGGAUCAAAAAAAUCGAAACCGAAAACGGAUCCCGUCUCCAUCGUUUGAUUGUAGGGCUUGACAUCGAGUGGCGCCCAAACUUCAGUCCCGUCGUCGACCGAAACCCCGUCGCCACUAUCCAGCUGUGUGUCGGAGAGUCCUGCAUCAUCUACCAAGUUCUCCACUCCAACCACAUCCCCCGCCGACUCCGAAACUUUCUGAACAACGACGACUACAGAUUCGUUGGAGUUGGUAUUCGUAGUGACGUGGACAAGCUGUGGGAGGACUAUGAUCUUGAAGUGUCGAACGUUGUUGAUCUCCGGGAGUGGGCGGCAGAGGAACUGAACAAUAAGAAGCUUCUUAAUUCGGGGCUCAAAUAUUUGGGGAAGAAAAUUGCGGGAAUAGAGAUUGAGAAGCCCAAGAGUGUGACAACCAGUGCUUGGGAUCAGCGUUGGCUUAGCCGUAAACAGAUAUGUUAUGCUUGCAUUGAUGCUUAUAUUUCUUUUGAAGUUGGGAGGGUCUUAAGUGCUUGGUAUUAGAAGAGUGGGUAUCACAAGAAAAUAUGUAAGUAAAAUACACCAGUUAUCGUUUUCUUCUACUCAUAUUGUAAGUGUGCGUAUGAAACAAUUUCCUCUAUGUUGUGUUGAUUCUAGUUUCCUACCAUUCCAUCUUGAUUAUGAGAGAGAUCAUUUUGUGUUCCUUUGUAAAUAGUAAUGGUAUUUGUUGCUUCUU